UCAUCCAGCCCUGGGUCGGGGUUGAAGGACAGGCAGCCCACUUUCAACGGCAAGAAGAACACUGGGAGUUCUGAACCGACAAUGGAGAGCUCCAGAGGGACGUACCUAAACCUGGCUGCUGUGGCCUCUCGGGUAGGAGUUGCCCGGUUGUUGCAGGUGGCCUUUGGAUGUACCACGUUCAGCCUUGUGGCCCACCGAGGAGGAUUCAGCGCAGCCUAUGGCACCUUCUGCAUGUUUGUCUGGUGCUUCUGCUUUGCGGUCACCCUCUUCAUCAUCACCUGUGAGUUCACACGCCUCCACAGCUGCCUGAGCAUCUCCUGGGGGAACUUCACUGCUGCAUUUGCCAUGCUCGCCGCCCUCAUGUCCAUCACAGCUGCUCUAAUCUACCCAUUUUAUGUCCAGUUUGACUGCUCUUCCAGUGGAUGUGAGGUGAGAGACUUCCGCAUCUCUGCGAGUGUUUUUGCGGGGCUUCUCUUUUUUGCCUAUGCCACAGAGGUCUUUCUGACGAGGGCCAAGCCAGGGCAGGUGACCAGCUACAUGGCCACUGUUUCGGGCCUCCUGAAAAUUGUCCAGGCUUUUGUAGCUUGUAUCAUCUUUGGCGCGCUGGUGAACGGCAGCCAAUACAAUAGGUAUGUGGCCACCCAGUGGUGUGUGGCUGUAUACGGCUUCUGCUUUGCAGUGACUGUGGUGGUGAUCGCCCUCAGCGUCACAGGACGGACAGCGAUGCUGAAGUGCUCCUUUGAGCGCUUUGUGGUCAUCUACACGUUCUUGGCCGUCCUUAUGUAUGUGAGCGCUGCUGUCAUCUGGCCAGUGUUCUGCUUUGACCGUAAAUAUGGCUCGCCACACCGCCCUUACCAGUGCUCCAGGGCCAUGUGCCCAUGGGACAGCCAGGUGGUCAUUGCAGUGUUCACAUAUGUCAACCUCAUGCUUUACAUUGUGGAUCUGGCAUACUCUCAGCGGGUUCGCUUUGUCUCACACUCUUAAUUGCCACUCCUGAUGCGACAAAAGCCAUAAUGGACUCCCAGGAAUAGAUCUGGGACCUGCUUAGAAAGUUGACAAUGAAUCAUGUUCCAAAGUAGAAGAAAAAAAUAACAUGGGUUGUUCCAGUACCAGGUAAGAAACAAGAAGUAAGCCUUUUUUCUAGCCCACUUAAUUACAACACUGUCAUCAUUCCAGCAACCGUGUAGGCUUGUGCCAACAGUGACUCUAUGGGCCAAUAGGUUCUCUCAGGCCUACUCCUAAAGGUGGGGAAGUAGAUUUUCUACUUUUAAACUUUCUUCAAGAACUGCAGAGGAGUUUAAAAGUGUGGCAGAUAGAGAAAAGU